AACACUGCAGGCAACUUCAACAACUCAUUCCAGGAAACACACCAGGACCUUACACCACUACCGAAAUUUUACAGGAGUUCAGCGUCCACUGCCCAACUAUCAACAAUAAAGUCACGCUGCUAUUUCUGUUAAAUUCUGCACCAUGGUGUUUGUCACAGAAGUAGUCAUCUUCGCAAUGGAGCCCGGCGCCGAUCUAGCGCCCCUCGAACCAAUGCGGAAGACCCUCCUAGAGCAACCGGGCUGCCGCCGAGUGCGCUACUCCAAGCAACAUGAAGACGCCGCUAAACUCGUCCUCUUUGUCGACUGGGAGGAUGUCUCAUCCCACGAGCUCUUCGUGCAAAGCCCGGGUUACGGUUCUUUCCUGGCCAACAUCGCCCCUCUAAUCACCGCACCUCCGGCACCUUACCACGUGCCCUUUGACCCGUCCCCGCCCACGGUCCUGGACAACUUCGUCUCCAUUGCCUCGACCAGCGCGGCGGGCAAGUCGGCCGUUGCCGAAGUGGCACACGCGUAUUUCCCCACGGGAGACGAGUUUACCCUGCAGAUGCAGCAGGACGCGUUGAUUGCUGUGCAGCAGUUUAUUGAUGAGACGAAGGAAGCACUUGUGGCGACGGGGGGGAGUGGGGAGUGCGCGCAUGGGUUUGCGCUCGAGGAGGUGGAGUGGAAGGGUGAGAUGUGUCGUGCGCUGGUCUUAGUGUUAGGAUGGGAGAGCAUUGAGGCGCAUAUGGCGUUUCGCAAAACUGAGGUGUUUAAGGAGAAGGUUGGGUUGUUGAGGGGGAUGGCGGGGUCUAAGGGGAUGACGGUUUGGCAUGUUAAGAAUGAGGUGUUUGUGAAGUAAGUUGGGGCUGCAGGCUGCUUAGGCGUAGAAUCCAAAUCCCAUUAUACAGUACGACAAUAUGUCACGGGCGUCGGUUCCUUAUUUUCCCC